GAGGUGUCUAUGUAUAUAUAUAUAGCCGACCGACCGCUUUGAACACUGACAUACUGCCCGGCUCAUUGUCGACAUGGGAGCCGUGAGCCGUGAGCCAGGCGCUGUGCCCACCAGCCUCCCUUUACAGGAAGCCCUGCUCUUCCUCCUGAGUCACUGCAACACGAACUGAAGAGUGACGCCCUUCAUGUUUUGCAACGUCACUUCACGGACAGCAUUCUGCCAUGUACAUUAAGCUAGUGUGGAGGAGGUAAGUAGCUCAUAGUAACAGGAAGAGUCCACCUGUCACGAAUCUGUGGGCGUGGGCUUGAAAGUUUACUGCCAAACCAACCUGAAAACUUCCUCACCGCCUCUCCGGGAGCUUCCUGGACAGAUUGGACUCUCUUUAACAAGCGGUAACAAACCUGACAGUGUAACUUGUUAAACAGGCAUGAUGGUGAACUGCUGCGGUCUGCUCACUGCCAAUAAGGAACCAGUUCCUCUGAAGAGUGUGGAGGUGGAGCUGCAGGUGAGGGACCAUGUGGCUACAGUGGUCUCCACCCUGAACUAUGAGAACAAGGAGGACAAACCAGUAGAGGCUGUGUUUGUCUUCCCUCUGCCUGGAGAUGCUGCUGUCUGUCACUUCAGUGCUACGAUCGGACAGACGCAGAUUGUAGCUGAGGUGAAGGAGAAACAGCAGGCUCGUGAGGAGUACGAUGACGCUUUGAGCUCCGGUCAGCAGGCCUUCCUAUUGGAGGAGAGUGAUCAGAGUCCAGAUAUCUUCUCUCUGAGUGUGGGCAGCCUGCCUCCAGGAGAGAGCGCCUCCAUCAGGCUGGAGUACGUCACUGAGCUGGCUGUGCAGGCUGAUGAUGGGCUGAGGUUUUGUCUGCCUGCUGUGCUCAACCCUCGCUACCAGCCUCAGGAAAGUGGAGGCAGUGAAGGUGCCAGUGUUCAGGUGACCUCUGUUCCAGCCUCUCUGGUGCCCUACAGUCUGUCUUUCUCUGCCCGAGUGUCCUCUCCUCGUCCAGUCUCUAAAGUAGAGUCCAACUGUUCCCUGGACCCUCUCCAGUACCUCAACACAGAGCAAACCCAGGCCACGGUCAAGUUGGCUGCAGGACACAAGUUUGACAGAGACGUUGAGGUGCUGAUUUAUUACAAAGAUGCCCACCAGCCCACUGCUGUGGUGGAGGCAGGACAGGCCUCUGCCAAGCCUGGCUCUCUGAUGGGUGAUCCAGUAGUGAUGCUGAGCCUGUACCCUGAGUUCCCCCAGACUGUCAUGUCUUCACUGGCCUCCUGUGGAGAGUUUGUGUUCUUACUGGAUCGAUCUGGAAGUAUGGAUUGUCCAAUGAACAACAGCAAGAGAGACCAGACUCGCAUUGGCAGUGCCAGGGAUACUCUGCUGCUCCUGUUGAAGAGCUUACCAAUGGGCUGCUAUUUCAACAUCUACAGUUUUGGGUCAGGAUAUGAACACAUCUUCCCUAAGAGUGUGGAGUACAGCCAGAAGACCAUGGAGGAGGCUCUGAAGAAAGUUACAGACAUGAAAGCUGAUCUGGGAGGAACAGAGAUCCUGAAGCCCCUCCAACAUAUUCACAGCCAGCCCUGCAUUCCUAAUCAGCCGAGACAAGUGUUUGUCUUCACUGAUGGAGAGGUGGGGAACACCAAAGCUGUUAUCAAUCUGGUGAAGAAGAAUUCAGGCUCCCACAGGUGUUUCUCUUUUGGGAUUGGGGAAGGGGCCAGCUCUGCUCUUAUCAACGGGUUGGCCAAGGAAGGAGGAGGUCACGCUCAGUUCAUCACAGGGGCUGACAGGAUGCAACCCAAAGUGAUGCAGUCGCUGAGAUUUGCUCUGCAGCCAGCUGUGGUGGACAUAUCAGUCACAUGGGAUUUGCCAAAGGGAAUCUCUGUCACUGUCCUCUCUCCACCAAUCACAGCACUUUUCCAGGGUCAAAGGUCACUGGUUUAUGCCCAGCUCAGUGGACAGAGUUCAGAGGCAGCAGAGGGCUGUGUGACGGUGAAGUACAGCCUGGCAGGUCAUCCCUCUCAGAACCAGCUCCACUUCAGUCUCACACCUGCACAGGACACUGGAUUAACAGUCCACAGGUUGGCUGCUCGGACUCUGAUUCGCUCCCUGGAGAUGGAAGAGAGAGAGAGCAGAAGAGAGCAAGACGAAGGAGUGAAGAAGAAGGUGGUGGAGCUCAGUGUCCAAUCAGGAGUGAGCAGCACCUUCACUGCCUUCAUCGCUGUCAACAAAGGGGACGGCGAGACGAUUCAAGGACCUCUGGUGCGCAGAAAUGUUCCAACACCCAGAAUGAUGGCCUGUGCUAUGCCUUAUGGUGCACGGAGGAUGUGCUUUUCUGCUCCACCCGCAAUGUAUAUGAUGAUGAAUUGUGCUGCUCCCCAGAGCAGAAAGGUAAAAUCUAGUGGGGGCGGUGCUGGAAUUUUUAGUAAGAUGAAGAAGAAGCUCUCGGGAGGACCAGCUAAGAUGUCUGACCGACCGUUACAGCGUUCGGCAAGAGAAACUGAUUCUGCUGAGUGUUGGGAUAUAUCACCUGACUUGGAGGAAAGCUGCUCACUCGAACAGCCUCCCAGAGACUCUUUGCUGCAGCUGGUCUCCCUCCAGAAGGCGUCUGGCUGCUGGGAGUUGGAUCCAGCUCUGGCUGCUGCACUGGGAAAGACCAGCGAGGAGGUGGAGAACAAAAAGCCUUCAUCGGUGAACCAGGAAGUGUGGGCCACCAUUCUGGCUCUGAUCUGGCUUCAUGGCUUCAAGAUGGAUGCUCAGGAAGAGUGGGAGCUUCUGGCUAUGAAGGCUGCUUCAUGGCUCCGUGCUCAGAACGCGCCAUGUGUGACAGAGUGUGUGGAAGCUGGAAAUGCUCUGUUGGGUUGCAACGUGCAGAAAGACGCCCUGGGGCUCUGAGGUGUUCAUUAUACUGGCUUCUCUUGCAGAUUCACUUCAUCCUCCAAACUUUACUUUAUUAGAAUUGGAUCAUGCAUCACCUUGUUACAGUUAAAUCAUGUUCUUUGAUGUUUUUUUUCUUCCUUUUUACUAUCAAUUGGUGUUUCCCCUUGUUCUUAUGUUCUUUGGUCUUUUAAAUUUGUGUACAUUACAUGAAUGAAUUGAUUGUUAUUCCUGAGUAUGUUACACAUUUUUUGUCAGUUUGAGUCUAAAGCAACAUAAAAAUAAACUUGGAGCUUGGGAGAAAAUGAA